AUGGCAUUAAGUACACGGGAGCAACACCGUAAGAGCAGAGCCCCAUGGCAAAGCUCUGGUCAUACUUCUAAGCUUAGCAAUCCGUAUUCUAGAGCCAAUGCAGUUAAUACUACUCAAGACAGUCUGGACACUUUACAAUUACCUCAUCAAACUGGAUCGAGAAAGAAUACGAGACGUUUAAGCAUACAUGCCUCAGCUGCUGCCCAAGCUCAUGGUCGUUCACUUCCACAAGGAGCACAGUUCGAUGCCAGUAAUCUUCCUCCAGUUCCAAAAUUUAACCAAAACGAUAACGGCAGCGCAGAUUCCUUACUUCUGGUGGAGAAAGAAAAAGGAAACGAAUUCGCUGAUAUAGAGAAGAAAAUUUUCAAGGAACUCUCGAAUGGUACCGCGACGGAGAUCGACGAUUACUAUAAGGUAUUGGUGAAGCAGAAGAGCCUUAUUACAAAAGAUAUAAAGACUAGCAUUAAUCAAAAUCAGCAAAACAUUAUUGAGCUAACAAAAGAACUCAGGGACACCCAAGAUGAAUUGGUCCACCUUCGUAUCUCGACCAAACAAUUAUAUGAAGUUUUGGACGAGUUCAAGGAGAGCGCGGAAAGGCGAAUGGAACUUGAAAUACCCAGGACUCCUCUGCAAUCAAAAUCGUCAAAAGCUAAAAGAAAGGAUCGCUCAUCGGUAAUGGUGCUUAAAAAGAUGUGGGCAACGGAAUUACAAUCUUUAUUCAAGCAUGUCGAGGGUGCAUCGAAGUUUGUUCAGCCAUUGCCGGGCAGACAUGUGUUAGCAGAAAGCGGAAGAUGGUAUGAAGUCAAUGUUGGAACAUGGAAGCCAGUGAAGGCGGCACAUUUAUUUAUAUUGAAUGAUUUGUUCUUGAUUGCAGUAAAAAAAGGUUCUCAGGAAGGCGGAAAUGAAAGUCGCUUACAAGCGAUUCAAUGCUUACCGCUAUCAGAAACAAAGUUGUCUGAUAUGACUUCUUCACAAGCCCAGAAAGAUGAAGGAAAAACUUACUUUAUUGGCAUUAAGUCCAAAGCACUUAGCUAUGUAUUUCAGACGGAUCGAUAUGAUCAUUUCUUGAAAAUCACGGAAGCGUAUAAUAAAGGAAUUAGCGAAUCUUUUCAUAGGAAAAGGCUUAUGGAUGCUGAAAGAUACAUGGGAGGAGCCACAGACCUUGGGCAGACUGAAGAUGAAAAGCGACAGUUGAGGGAAUCGCUUCGAAAUUCUGGCAUAGCAGACUCUCCACAUGACGAAAAAAGACGAAGUGGCCCCCAAAGACAAAGCUCAGAAGUCAUUUUGCAGGAUAUAUCAGCUCGAGUUCAUUCGCGAAAUAGAUCUCAUGACUUUGAAAGCGUACCUGGGCAAAAAUUUGGUGACAACAAUACUCAGACAUUUAAUGACUUAAGGAAGUUAGAAGAUCGAUUAGACGAAGUGGACGUGGAGAUCUCAAAUAAUAGACAUGCUGAAUCCGUGGGUUUGAUUAAGUAUAUCGAGAAUAAGCUAGACACAAUAGAGAAAGAUGUGAAUGGAAUUGAAAAUAUCCACCUGUCAAAUUCAGUAGACGAACUCAAGCUUCUUAUUGAUGUGAUUAAAUUGAAAAUAAAUACGAGAAAGUUGAGAAUUCAGCAAAGUUUGGCUUUCGAUUUACAUGAUAAUAUUGAUCGUCUCACGCACUCAGAGGUAUAUCAAAUAAUUGAAUAUUUUUAUAUCUUCAAUCAGCUUAACAAGGUAAUCUCAUUAUAUUUACAGGGGUCUAGUGAUUACCUUGCUUCUAUAAUGUCUAAACUUGCAAUUGGUGUUCAGGGUUCGACUGUAAUUGAUGUCGUGAAUUAUGUGUCUAAUCUGAUUAUCGUUAGUGCCUCGAUAAUUAAAAGAACUAUUAUCGCUUAUCAAGAGUGUGUGAUUCCAAUCUUAAAAAAGGAUAAGCAAAGUAAUGUAGAUUCUAGUGGUCUAAUUAAUUGGUGCAUAGAAGAAGCAACACAAUUAUCAGAAUCUGUUAAAAAACACUUGUAUGGUACACUUCUCGUUUCUGCCGGGCCAGAUCCAGAAACUGGGGAAACAAAGUAUAAGGUGAAAGAUGAGCAAUUGUUUAAAGAAUUUAUUGAUAAUACAAAACCCUAUUUAGAUAAUUUGAAAUCUGUUGGAGUUAAUAUCAACUUUCUUUUUGAUGAUAUCUUUGAAUUAUAUAAUUGA